AUGUUACACUUGCAGGGCCCAAAGAUGCUGCAGAUGCUGGAGCAAGCCUUGAAGAAGAGCCUUCCCGAAUCUUUAAAGGUUUAUGGGACUGUCUUCCACAUGAACCAGGGAAACCCAUUUAAGCUAAAGGCCCUAGUGGACCAGUGGCCAGAUUUUAAUACAGUGGUUAUCCGCCCACAAGAACAGGAUAUGACAGAUGACUUUGAUUUCUACACCAACACCUACCAGCUCUAUUCUAAAGAUCUCAAGCAAUGUCAGAAGUUUCUUGGUAUCUCAGAAGUCAUCAACUGGAAGCAACAUUUGCAGAUUCAGAGUUCCCAGUCCAGUCUGGAUGAGAUAAUACAAAAUCUUGCAACUACUAAAUCCUUCGAGGUCAAGCGAACGCAAUGCAUUCUUUACAUGAUGCCUAGAACUGUGCAAAGAUUGAUUCCCUCCUUGUUGGACACAAAGAACUUAUCUCCUGAGUCUGGCAAGCCCAAGGCCAUCAAUGAAGAGAUGUUUAAAUAUUCAUCCCUGGAUAUCACCCAUGCAGCAUUGGUGAAUAAAAUUUGGCAAUUUGGUGGCAAUGAAAGAAGCCAACGAUUUAUUGAGCGCUGUAUCCAGACUUUCCCCACCAUCUGUCUGCUGGGUCCUGAUGGGACACCUGUGUCCUGGUCAUUGAUGGACCAGACUGGAGAGAUAAGGAUGGGAGGUACUAUACCAGAAUAUAGGAAAUUGGGCCUCAUCUCCCAUGUCCUCUAUUCCUAUGUCCAGAAUCUGGAUAAACUCAACUUCCCUCUGUACAACCAUACAGCCAGAACGAACAAGAUCAUACAGAAGCUGCAUCACAAUCUGCAGUACAACCCCUUGCCCUGUGACUGGAACCAGUGGAACUGUGUGCCCCUGUGA